CGAACCCGCCCGGAGCAGCAAAGCAUAGGCGCUCGAGCGCUCCCUCCUGAGCUCCUCCGCCUCACGGUCACGCCUCGUGUCCCCCCACCCCCUCCUCGUCCUCCACCGGCCGCCUCACGCCGUCACCUCCGCUCGGCGAGUCUCGGCUCCGACCCCAGCCGCCACGUGCGACCUCCCCUACUCCUGACUCCUGAGAGAUCUGCGGGGCUCGGCAUGGGGUGACCAGAUCGGGCCGCUGCUCGGUGCUUUCCAGCUGAAUUCUGCCCGCAGCUCGUGUCGGAGGCAGCGGAGAUGGCGGAGGCCGGCGUGGCACGCGGCUCAGGGAGUGCUGGCGAUGCUUUGUUCAGGGAACUCUGGCAUGCUUGUGCUGGGCCGUUGGUCACAGUGCCUCGCCAAGGCGAGCUGGUUUAUUACUUCCCGCAGGGUCAUAUGGAACAGCUUGAAGCGUCUACAGAUCAACAACUUGAUCAGCACUUGCCUUUGUUUAAUCUACCGCACAAGAUCCUCUGCAAGGUGGUCAAUGUAGAACUUAGAGCUGAAACUGAUUCUGAUGAAGUUUAUGCUCAAAUUAUGCUGCAACCACAAACAGAGCAAAGUGAGCCCACCAGCCCAGAUCCUGAACCACCUGAGCCUGAAAGAUGCAACAUUCAUUCCUUCUGCAAGACCUUGACUGCUUCAGAUACAAGUACCCAUGGUGGAUUCUCUGUCCUCAGGAGGCAUGCUGAAGAAUGUUUGCCCCAACUGGACAUGACUCAGAAUCCACCGUGGCAAGAACUAGUGGCUAAAGAUCUCCAUGGAAAUGAAUGGCAUUUCCGUCACAUCUUUCGAGGGCAACCAAGGAGGCAUCUACUUACAACAGGCUGGAGUGUUUUUGUUAGCUCAAAAAGAUUGGUUGCGGGUGACGCGUUUAUCUUCUUGAGAGGUGAGAACGGAGAGCUGCGAGUCGGGGUAAGGAGGCUCAUGAGACAACUAAAUAACAUGCCGUCUUCGGUUAUCUCAAGCCACAGCAUGCAUCUUGGAGUCCUAGCAACUGCAUCUCAUGCCAUCUCCACUGGAACUCUCUUUUCUGUUUUCUACAAACCCAGAACAAGUAGAUCUGAAUUUGUCGUUAGUGUAAACAAGUACCUCGAAGCUAAGAAUCACAAGAUGUCUGUUGGUAUGAGGUUUAAAAUGAGAUUUGAGGGUGAUGAAUCCCCUGAAAGAAGAUUCAGUGGGACAAUUAUUGGUAUGGGAUGCAUGCCAGCUAACUCAACAUCUCCAUGGGCUAACUCUGAAUGGAGAUCAUUGAAGGUCCAAUGGGACGAGCCUUCCGCUAUUCUGCGUCCAGAUAGAGUUUCACCAUGGGAAGUAGAACCCCUUGAUCGAACAAAUCCACAGCCACCUCAACCUCCUUUACGGAAUAAGCGAGCACGGCCUCCUGCUUCACCUUCGAUUGCUCCAGAACUUGCUCCAGUUUUUGGUUUUUGGAAGUCCCCAGCUGAGCCUGCCCAAGCUUUCUCAUUCUCAGGACUGCAGCGAACUCAGGAGCUAUACCAUUCAAGCCCCAGUUCAAUGUUCUCAUCGUCGUUGAAUGUGGGAUUCAAUCCAAAGUACGAGGGUCCCACUCCAAACACCAACCAUUUGUACUGGACAAUGAGAGAGACAAGAACUGAAUCCUACUCCGCUAGUAUCAACAAAGCUCCAACUGAAAAGAAGCAAGAAUCCACUACUUCUGGCUGCAGAUUGUUCGGUAUCGAGAUAGGUUCUUCUGCAGUGUCACCCGUGGUUACUGUUGCUAGCGUCGGGCAUGAUCCUCCGCCACCUGCUCUCUCAGUAGACGCUGAAUCUGACCAGCUGUCACAGCCGUCCCAUGCCAACAAAGCAACGGAUGCCCCAGCGGCAAGCAGCGAUCGCUCUCCUAACGAGACAGAGAGCCGGCAAGCCAGGAGCUGCACCAAGGUAAUCAUGCAAGGGGUGGCGGUUGGCCGGGCGGUGGACUUGACGAGGCUAGAUGGGUACGAUGACCUCCGCCGCAAGUUGGAGGAGAUGUUCGAUAUCCCGGGAGAGCUUUCCGCCAGCCUCAAGAAAUGGAAGGUGAUCUACACAGAUGACGAGGACGAUAUGAUGCUGGUCGGGGACGAUCCAUGGAGUGAAUUUUGCAGGAUGGUAAAAAGGAUAUACAUUUAUUCCUACGAGGAGGCCAAGUCUUUGACUCCCAAGGCGAAGCUGCCGGCCAUCGGUGGUGACACCGGCGUCAAGCCGGACCCAAGCAAACUGCCACCAGAAUCCGACGUGCCACAGAGCGACUCCGACAACAGUGCUCCCGUUGCUGCUGAUAAGGACUGAUGGACGCUAGCUCGGCCGUACCUUCCCUUUGGAUGUUGGCCAUGGGAGGCAAGUGCAGUGCCCAUGCUCCUUGAGACUGCUAAGAGUUGAUCAUCUGUUCCAUCUGCCUCGGCUUGGACCAGCGAGGAUGGCCGGGAGGGAGUGCAUGACGUUCUGUGCGUGUUUCGUUUGCCGUGUUUGGUAGGAGCCAUGGCUUGUUGCCGGCUACUUCGGUUCUGUAGACUGUUACACUGACUGCUGCCGUCUCACCUGGCCGUCGGCGCGGGCCGCCCCCUCUCACCUCUCUAGUAAUAUAUACUAGGGCUUAUGUACACAGCUGUUUUGGUAGUGGCAUAUGUAUAUCGUCGGUCAUGUUGCUUGCGACAUUUAGCAUCCUCCGUAGCUGCUAUUUCCUCUCCUGCAUUUUAA